AUGAAAGAGCGUAAACUUCUAAUAUUAAAAAAUAAUGAUCCAUUAAAAAAAAAAAUAAAUUUUUUUUUUCUUUCUUUAAGAAAAUAUGAUAAUUCAAAAAUAAAUAAUAAAGAAAAAGAAGAUGAUUAUUACACUAAAAGGGAAAAUGAUAUAUUCAAAUAUUUUGAUGGUAACAAGAACAUUAUAAAGACUACUAGUUAUAUAUUAAAAGAACAUUUAAAUAAUUUCUUAUUUAUUAAACAGCAAGGAAAUUUCUACAACUAUUUCUACAAUUCAUAUCCAUUUAUUAUAAAUAGAUAUGUUAAUUAUAUUAAGGAAAAUUAUGCGAGAGAAAAAAAUAAAGAGGAUAAAGAACAGAAAAGUAAUGAUACGGCAAAAUAUAAUAAUAUAGAAAAUACGAAUUAUUUGUUUCUGUUUCAUUAUUAUAAUGGAAAUACAAAAAACGAAAUAGAAAAUGAAAAAUUUUUAAAUUUUGUUAACAAAAAUAUAAAUUAUCAUAAUGUUACAAAAUUUUUGAAAUGUUUAAAAGAAAAUAUAUAUAUGAAUAGAAAAACUAACAAAAAUGAAAAUAUGAAGUUAAAUUUAAUAUUUCAAAAUAUAAUUGAUAAAAUUAAUGAUACAAAUGAUAUAAAUAAAAAAAUUGAAGUUUUGCUAUACAUAGCAAGUAUAUGUGACAAAAAUUCAUCUCCAGUUUUAUUUUCAAAUAUUAAAAAAUAUAUACAAGAAAUAUAUGAAGUUUUAAUGAAAAAAACAAAAAAAGGUGUCAUAGAACAAUAUUUAAUUUUUUUAUUAUAUAAAGAAUUUCUAUCAUCAAAAAAUGAAAAAUAUAUGAAAGUGGAUAUAAAAAAUUAUUUAUCAGAAGAAAUUUCUUUUUAUAAUUAUUUAAAAAAUGAAAAUAUAAACAUUUUUUUAUUAAGUUUAAUAUAUCGUGAUUUAUCAUUUUUAAAUAAUCAUGAAUUAAAAUAUGUUUUAAUGAAUCUAGCAUUUUCAAAAAUAAAAAAUUUUGAUUUUUUUACUAAUUUAGAUACACACAAUAUAUUUUUAAGAAAUAAAAAUAAUAAUUUAAAUAAUUCACUACAUACAUUUUUCUCUAGUUCCUUAUUAAGAAAUAACUUUUUUUCUUUUUUAAAAAAUUAUGAUUACAUAGAUUAUUCAGGUGUUAUAAAUUAUUCAAAGGAUUUGAACUUUAAUGACUUAAAUAAUUAUAUAUGUCAUAACUUAUUAACCGCUAUCAUUCAACUGAAUCACUCACAGAACAAGUGUUAUGAUUUGAUUCAAUUAUUUAAAAAAAAAUAUUUUUUAGAUAAUGAAAAAAAUACAAUGUUAUUUAAUUAUAUUUUAAAAGUAAAAGAUAAUAUGGAUUAUAUGAAUGAAUUUAUUGUGAAUAAUGUUAUGUAUUUAACGAAAUACUUAUUUAAAAAUAAAAGUGGUUUUUCUAAUAAUUUAUACUUCAAUAUAAUGAAGGUUUAUUGCAAUUUCCUUACUGAUAUUAAAAAUUCGGAAAUUUAUGAUUUAAAAAAGAAAAACAGCUUAAUUAAUGACUCGAGAAAAACUAUAAAUUAUUGCAUAAAUGAAAUUUAUCAUAAUAUUAAUUUAUAUACACUUAAAGAGUUUAUUUCAUUUAUUGAUUUAAUUAAAAAAUUACCAGCAAACUUUAGUUUUGAGUUAAAAAAUGAGGUAGAUAAUAGUAAUAAAAUAAAAAAAGUAUUAUAUAAAGAUAAAAAAGGAGAAAAUUUAUUUAUUUCAAAAGUUUUACAUUUUAAUAUAGAUGAAAUAAACAAAGAAAAUAUUGAAAAUACUGAUGAAAAAAACAUUUUACUUAAACAAAACAAAUUGGGUGAUGAUAACUUUAACGAAACAGAUAAUAUCCUAAAUAAUGUUAACAAUAAAAUGAAUAGAAGUAUAGAUGAAGAAGGAGAAGAUGUUGGAAUAACUGAAAAAGUCUCUUUUAAUAUAUCUAAUAAAUAUGAUAAGCAUAAUAAGGAAGAAUUAGAAAAUAACAAAAAUGAUAGCAACCCUUAUUUUUUUAGUAAGAAUAAUUUAAAAACGAAGAAGAAUGUGACUAUAAUAAAUAAAGAAGAUUUUAUUAUUUUAAUCUUAUUAUCUAUUUUUGAUGAAAUUAGUGAAGAGUUUGUGUUGAAAAUUAAAGAAAAAGAAUUAUAUUUAAUGAAAGAAAAAAAAAAAGAUAAUAUAUUUGAAUAUAUAUAUGAAAAUCAUUAUAAAUUAUUUUUGAAUAAUUCUUCAUCAUAUAUAGAACAUAUUAAUGAAAAAUAUGAUGAAAUAACAAAAGAACAAAUUAUAAAUUAUUUUGUUUUGUUUACUCAUAUAAAUAAAUUAGAUAUAUAUGAAUUAUGUUUGCUAGUUAAUGCUAUGAAUGAAAUAAAUAAGUUUCAUAAGUUUAUUGAUUUUUUUAUAUCUAGGCAUAUAGAAAAAAUAUUAUAUAAAGAGUUUAAAGGUGAUCAUAUUAAUGAGGAAAUAGGGUUCAAUUAUGAAUUUAGCGAGAAUUAUUUAGAUAAUUAUAUAUCAAAAGUAAACGAAAAAAAAGAAAAAUUAGAAAGUGUUCCUAAUACAGUUGAGAAUAAAAGUAGUAAUAGUAAUAAACAAAUUGAAAAACAUUUUGAUGAAAUAAAUUUAAGUGCCCAUACACCAUAUUCUUCUAAUUUUGAAAAAUAUUAUUAUGAAUAUGAUAUUAUUACGAGCACUAUAAAUUUAUUUUUAAUAUUAAAUGAAAACAGCAUAACAAAAUAUACUAUUGCAAAGUAUUUAAAAUAUAUUGAUUAUAAUAAAGUGAAUGUUUUAAAAAUUAAUAUUAAUAGUUUUUUUCAAAAAAGCAACAUAGACAAGAAAAUGAGAAAAGACAAUGAGAUUCAUGUAUAUAAUGAAAACUUAGAUGAGAAAAUAAAAAGUGAAAAAAUGAAUGAUUCUUUUUAUUUUGAUAAAAAACUUUUUUAUAUUAAUUCAUAUGAUUGUAAUAUUAUGAAAAAUGAUUUUUAUAAUAAAAAUAAUAGUAAUUACAUGGAAGAAAGGGGUAUUUCAUAUACGCCUCUAAAUAAUGUAAUAAUUUAUAAUAUAGUAGAAAAUAGAUUAAAAUAUGAUAUUAAUCUAAAAAAUCACUUAUUGCAUAAAGAAAAUUAUGAAAAAGAAGAAAUAAAAUAUUUUUUUGAAAAAGAAAUGCUAACAUUAAAUAAUAUAGCAAAUUUGAUGAAUUACAUUAAUCAUAUUAAUGAUGAUAUGAAAUAUAUGAAUUUAUUGACGUUAAUAUUAAAAAAUAUGAUUCUUUGUAAAAAUGAAAUAGUAGAAAUAAAAACAUAUAGAACGUUAACUACUUUUUUAUUAAAUAUAAAAAAUUUUUAUCAAAAAAUAAAUAUGCAAUCUCAAUAUUCUUAUUUAAACAUGUUGAUAAUGUAUUAUGUAAAAAGUAUUGAAACGUUCAUGCCUUUUUUUUAUUUUUCUGAUUAUUUAAAAACUAUGCAAGUUUUUAUAAAAUAUGAUAUAGCAAAGAAUUAUUUGAAAUAUUUAAUUACUUUAAAUAAUGAAUUAAAUAAAACAAACAUUAAAAAUAUAAAUUUAUACUUUGUUCACAUUAUUUUGUAUUUAUAUCUAAAAUUAAAUUACAUAAAUGAAAAUUUCUUAUCUAAUUUAUUGCAGUAUUACAUUAAUUCAUUGCACCAAAGAAUAAAUAAUAUGAAUGUAAACAUUAUUGAAAAUUUAAUGAAAACAAAUGAGUUAUUGAUUUCUUUAUGUAUUAAAAAUAAAAAUAUGAUUCAUUUUAAUUACAUGUUAAUACAAAAAUAUGGAAACUUUUCAAAUGAAUUUAAAAUUGAUGAUUUAGAUGAUAUAUCAGAAAAUAAAAAUUUUAAUUCACUUCAUAAAAAUAAUUCCAAUGCAAAAUUUUCAACAACUUCUAUUUUGAAUAAACAGUUUACAAACAGUUGUAGUUCAUAUUCAGCUGAACUUAAUGAAAAUAAUGUAGAAGAGAAUUUAAAUAACAAGGAACAUAGUAAUAAUUUGUUUAUAAAAGAAAAUAACGAUAAUAUGAUAAAAAAUAAUAUAAAUAUAUUACAAAGUCAAACAAAUUAUAAGAGUGAUGAUGAUGAAUAUUUUGUAAAAAAUAUGAAAAAUUAUAAUGAUGAACAAAAUAUAUCUAGCUAUGCUAGCGAAAAUGUGAAUAAAAAUAUUACUGAAAACAGUAUAAUUACACAAAAUUUUAAGUUAUCAUUUGUUCAAAAGUUAAAUAUAAUAUAUUUUUUGUGUAAAUUUAAUUUUUAUAAUGAUUUAAUUAAAUUAUAUUAUUUACAGUUAAUAAAUGAAUGUAUGAACAGUAAAAACAAUAAUAUAAGUGAUGAAGAUUAUUGUAAAUUAUAUGAAAUAUAUGUACAUGUCAUCCUAAAUUUUUAUUUUAUUUCUUUUAAUAAAAAUAAUAAAUAUAUUAAUUUUAUUUUAAGUAAUUUACCAUGCUAUUAUUGGUAUAAAAGAGAAGAAGAAAAAUUAAAUUUAUUUGUGUCAUCUAAGCAGUAUAAUGAUAUUAAUAAUAUUCUAAAAUUAUUAAAUUUAAAUUUCCUUAUUCCAACUUUAACUGAAAUUUACUUUAUACACUUUUUUAACGAUGUAAAUAAGACAAAUUAUUCUCUUCAAAUACCGCAAAAUUUUUUAUAUCUUUAUCAGAAAUAUAACUUAACCAUUGAUGAUAUAAAAAAUAAAAAUAUUGCAAUUUUAUGUAUCCCAGAAGAACAUGAAUUACGAGGUAGUAAUAAUGAUAAAAAAGUUUUAGUAAAUGAAAGUGUUUAUAUUUUUGAAAAUAUCAAAAAAACAUAUGCAACAUCUUUGUUAUACUUAAGUGAAUGGAAAAAUAUGAAAACAGAAGAAAAAUGUGAUUAUAUAAUGCGUAUUUUGCAUUCAGCAAUAAGUAAUUAA